UCUCUGUAGUCCUGGCCCUUCCAUCAUCCUGUUAACAAGAAAUUUGUUCCUGAUUAUUAUAAAGUCAUCAUCAAUCCCAUGGAUCUGGACACACUCCGUAAGAACAUCUCCAAACACAAGUAUCAGAACCGAGAGGUGUUUCUUUUUGAUGUCGGUCUCAUUCACACCAACAGUGUCAACUACAAUGGACCUGAUAGUCCUUACACCAAAACAUCUCUGGAGAUUGUAAACAUCUGUAAGCAGACUCUAGCAGAGUAUGAUGAACACCUGACUCAACUGGAAAAAGACAUCUCUACUGCUAAAGAAGCUGCUCUGGAUGCUGCAGACCUUGAGAGCUUAGACCCCUUUAACCCUGGACCGUACACACCUCGGGUACAUGCACAGAUUACACUGAGGGCGUAAUCUCAGGUGUCUCAAGCGCUCUGUGUGCAAGUGUAUUUUGUAGCCGGUGAAAUGAAGCAUGUCAGCAUAAGAGAUUCUGACAGAAAUAGAACAGAAGGCCUGUAUUUCUCUCUUUCUCUCCUGCAUAAUCCAAACUUUCUGUACCGCACAGCUGUUUGAUGCACAUUUCCUCACUGUUCCUGUCUUUUCCUCCUCCCUUUAUGACAACCUAUCUGUCUUUCUGUGAAUGGGGCUUUUUC